GAAGAACCCACAAGUGGCUUGCUUCGCAAGAAGGGCUUCUUCUUCUUCUUUAUAGUCUGUUGUUACAAAGAAAGUGGGGAAAUCGCUAAUCGGGAGCUAAUUCAUCAUCAUCAUCAACUGAGAUCUAUUAUUAAGCCGUUAAGCUCAGCCGAAGAUGUUUCUAACAAGGACCGAGUAUGAUAGGGGUGUCAACACCUUCUCUCCAGAAGGCAGGUUGUUUCAGGUUGAAUAUGCUAUUGAGGCCAUCAAGUUGGGUUCUACGGCCAUUGGGUUGAAGACCAAGGAAGGAGUUGUUCUUGCUGUUGAAAAGCGUAUUACCUCCCCACUCCUGGAGCCUAGUAGUGUUGAGAAAAUUAUGGAAAUUGAUGAGCACAUUGGCUGUGCCAUGAGUGGACUAAUUGCAGAUGCCCGUACACUCGUUGAACAUGCACGAGUUGAGACUCAGAAUCAUAGGUUUUCCUAUGGCGAGCCGAUGACUGUCGAGUCCACUACCCAAGCUCUAUGUGAUCUUGCACUGCGCUUUGGUGAAGGAGACGAAGAAUCUAUGUCUCGACCAUUUGGGGUAUCUCUUCUUAUUGCAGGCCACGAUGAAAAUGGUCCAAGUCUAUACUAUACGGAUCCUUCAGGCACAUUUUGGCAAUGCAAUGCAAAAGCUAUAGGCUCAGGCUCUGAAGGUGCUGACAGUUCUCUGCAGGAGCAAUUUAACAAGGACUUAACUCUAAAAGAAGCUGAAACAAUUGCUCUUUCCAUCUUGAAGCAAGUUAUGGAAGAAAAGGUGACUCCCAACAACGUGGAUAUUGCAAAGGUUGCGCCUACCUAUCACUUGUACACCCCAGCUGAGGUUGAAGCUGUUAUUAGUCGCCUGUAGGAACUGGACUCUUAUUAAAUCAAUUGUAGACGCUCUCUGUUUGGUUUGCUUUGCUUUGCUUUGACAUGUAUUUUUGUACUAAACUGCUGAAAUUUUAUCCUGCUUCCCUUCUUAAGUAUGGCAUUUGAACGCAUGUUUUGGUGGAGUUAUUUUCUUCAACAAACCAACUAGUUUCUAUCUGGAGGUGGGAAUGAUUGGACA